AUGGCGACGCUGACGCGGCUGCGGCGCCAUGAGUACGAUGGUGAGCGCAAUGCAGCAGGUGAACGGCAUGGACAUGGACGGGCUCGGUUACCCAAUGGUGAUACAUAUGAAGGAGAAUAUGCAUAUGGUCUAAGAAACGGACUGGGGACCUACAGAUUUAAAAAUGGUGCUCGCUACAUUGGAGAAUACCUUCAAAACAGAAAGCAUGGCCAUGGCAUUUUUAUGUAUCCAGAUGGCUCAAAGUAUGAAGGAGAAUGGGUGGAGGAUGAAAGACAUGGCAACGGAGUAUAUUAUUAUGCAAAUGGAGACACCUACACUGGAGAAUGGUUUAACCAUAGAAGGCACGGACAAGGUACAUACAUCUAUGCAGACACUGGCUCUAAAUAUGUUGGUGGCUGGGUUAAUGGGAACCAGGAAGGAGGAGCUGAACUCAUUCAUCUGAACCACAGAUACCAGGGCAAGUUUGUAAAUAAAUACCCAGUAGGUCAUGGAAAGUAUGUCUUUGAUAUUGGGUGUCAACAGCAUGGGGAAUAUGUACAAUCAGAUCUGGACAAAGGGGAGGAGGAAGAAGAGGAGGAAACUUUAGCAGUAAUUGCUCCAAAAUGGAAAGCAACAAAAAUUACUAAAUUGACUCUCUGGACUCCUGCCCCUGAGAAACCCCCACCUCCUGAAGAGCCUGCAGCAGCAGCAACAACAGCAGAAGAGGAGCCAGCAAAUGCAGUUUCUCACAUCUCAGUUGCUGCAGAAGUUGUUGAGAGUACAGAGCCUCCUACUGAAGAGUCAACUGAAGCUAUAACCCCACCUAAAGAAGCAGAAGAGGAGGAGGAAGUUAACAAAGAAGAUCAAGCGGAUCAAGGUGAAGAAGAAAGAGAAACAAUAAAUACUAGUUUCGAAGAGAAGGAGGAGGAAACAAAGGAAGCUGAAGAGCCAGACAUAAGUAGAGAUGACUAACACCAAAUAAGAAAAUUACACAGAAAUACUUAAGUAAAAUAUCCUUGUGUUAUUCUUAUCUGAUGAAUGACCAUGUUUCAUUGUUUUGAAUAAACAUUUUUUAUUGGUA